AUGAGCGUCAACGACACGACGCGGGACUUCCAUCACCCGUACGAGCCUUAUGGCAUCCAGAAACAGUUUAUGAGUGCGGUGUAUGAUUGUCUAGAGGAUGGUAAAGUCGGUAUCUUUGAAUCACCGACGGGAACAGGCAAAUCUUUGAGUUUGAUUUGCGGAUCACUGACGUGGUUGCGUGAACACAAACGCCGCACUUUUGAAGAUGGCUUCCAGAUCGAAUCGGCACAUAAUGAUGACCCACCCUGGAUGCUUGAGCAUGCCCGCAACCAACGAAAGCAGGAAGCCUUUCGGCGUCGGGAGGAGCUCAAUGAAAGGCUAGCAAAGGUUAAAGCCAAAGAGGAACGCGCCAAAGAACGCGCCGCAGUAACAAACCACACUCAGAAACGACGAAAGGUCGGCUCUGAUGAUGCUAAUAAUGGGGAUCUCGAGACACAAUUCGCGUUGGACGACUACGAGUCUGACCAAGACACCGCUGGCAAUGCGAGACAUAGCGGAUUUGGCAAUUCCGGUCUCUCUGCAGAGACACAAGCGUUGAUGGACACGCUAGGAUAUGCUUCCAGCGCGACAAAGGCCGAAGACGGAGAGAUGCCAGACGAGAUAAAGAUAUUCUUCUGCUCGCGAACACAUUCGCAAUUGACACAGUUUUCAAGCGAAUUAUCCAGGGUCAAGUUACCUCCUGCUAUAACGAUGGACCAAGGUCCCAAUGGCAACAGCACUGACGAAACUAUGGAGGAUGUGAAACAUCUGACCCUUGGUUCGAGAAAAAACCUUUGUAUCAAUCCUAAAGUCAGUCGACUAGGCAAUGCAACAGCGAUCAACGAACGGUGUCUCGAGUUGCAGCAGGCUACGUCAAACGACUCCAGAUGCUUUGCCAUGCCCACGAAGGAUAGCGAAGUGUCGUUGAUCGAGUUUCGUGACAACGCGCUUGCGAAGAUCAGGGAUAUCGAGGACUUGGGAACCCUUGGUAAGCAGUUGGGCGUCUGCCCUUAUUACGCUUCUCGGCCAGUCAUCAAAUUUUGUGAGAUUGUUACUUUACCGUAUCCAUUACUUCUGCAAAGAUCCGCUCGUGAGGCGCUGGGUCUUUCACUGAAGGAUCACAUUGUCAUCAUCGAUGAAGCGCAUAACUUAAUGGACGCUAUAGCCGGGAUCUAUUCCGCUUCAGUAACCCUGUCUCAAGUGCAGCAAGCUCGAGUUCAGCUUACAGUGUAUCUACAAAGGUUCAGAAAUCGCCUGAAGGGUAAGAAUCGUGUGUAUGUUGCGCAGAUCAUCCGCAUUCUUGAUUCAAUCAUCGUGUAUCUGCAGUCGCUAAGUACAACUUCAAAAGCGAGCGACGGUUUGGCCGACAUGGGCUCCAUCAUGUCUGGUAAAGGCGUCGACCAAAUAAACAUCUUCAAGCUCAACUUAUACCUUCAAGAGAGCAAGUUGGCGCGAAAAGUCGAUGGCUACACGGCGUAUACAGAAGAGAAUGGCCAGGAACCGUCAAGCUCAAAUCGAAAAGACGAGCCAACCAAAACUCCGCGACACACCGUGCCAGUGCUCAUGCAUGUACAGACUUUCCUUUUGUCGUUGAUGAAUCCUUCAGCGGAGGGCCGGUUCUUCUACUCGAAAGAAGAUGGAGGCGAGCUAAGCUUGCGGUACCUGCUUCUGGAUCCUACAUAUCAUUUCCAAGACAUUGUAGAAGAUGCAAGAGCUGUAGUACUUGCUGGUGGAACAAUGUCACCUAUGAGCGACUACGAGCAUCAUCUUCUUCCAUAUCUUCCUUCCGAGAAGAUACAGACAUUGUCAUGUGGCCAUGUCAUACCACCAUUCAACCUACUAGCAGCACCGAUUACAAAGGCCUUCAACGGCCUGGAGUUCGAUUUUACAUUUGAGAGUCGCAACAAAGACAGUACUAUCAUCAAUCUUGGAAAUACAAUUCUAAGAAUAGCUGGACACGUUCCUGACGGGCUAGUCGUCUUCUUCCCGAGUUACGCCUACUUGGACACCUGCAUUGCGUUGUGGAAGCGUCCUUCCACUCAGCACCAGAAGUCAACAUUUUGGGAGCAGCUCACGCAAAAAAAGCCUAUCUUUCUGGAGCAGCGGAGUGAUCAACAGUCUGGUAGCAAAUCCAAUGAAUCAAAAGAGGCAGCUGUAGACUCCGUUUUGACUUCGUACAGUGCAGCUGUCGCAUCAGGCAACGGGCGGGGUGCACUGCUUUUUGCCGUUAUCGGCGGGACACUUUCAGAAGGUAUCAACUUCAGUGAUGCUCUGGGUCGUGGUGUUAUUGUCGUUGGCUUGCCUUUUCCCAACCCACAUUCAGCCGAGUGGAAAGCCAAGCUGCAAUACAUCACGUCAAAGGAGAACGCACGAGGAGGAAACGGAAAGGCUGCAGCAAGGGAUUUUUACGAGAAUGCCUGCAUGCGUGCCGUCAAUCAGUGCGUGGGUCGUGCGAUUCGACACAAAGGCGACUACGCUGCUAUCAUGAUGCUGGACAAGAGAUAUAGUGGUGAGCGCAUUCAGAGCAAGCUACCGAAAUGGAUCAGAGGAAGCUUGACCCCAGUGCUCGGUGUGCAGGACAUGGAGAAGGCACUCGACAAGUUCUUUGCCGUAAAACGGUGA